AUGGCCGACGACGACCUCUUCACGAGAGCCAUCAAUGGAUAUCGGGACGCAUUUUUGGAUCAGCAUUCCCAUCUCCCGGAGACAGAGCGAAAUCAACUUUGGAGUCAGCGCCUCAGUCAGUUCAUGCCUACGACCACGGUGUCACCGUCCACACCCGCGUAUCGACCAGUUUCGGGUUCCAGCAUCCUUGGCCACGGCACCUCUUCUGAGAAAUCCGGGAAACGGACACGACAGGAAACUCCUCGGACACUACCUGGUUCUGGCCUUCCUCCGACAAAGCGGCGAGUCACCACUCCGGAUCCUCCUGAGCGCGUUGCUCUGCAGCGCGAUCUCUCCCAUGCGUCCUCCCCGGCAGCUCCGGAAACGUCCUGGCAGCUUUCGAGAACAAUGUCGCAGACGGACAACGGGCUUCCCUCCUCCGGUCCUGGAUUCGUUCCUCAACCGCCAGCUAUGGUUCGCUCGCAGAGUCAACAGGUCCCCGUGUCGUACCAACAUUCUAUGACGUCCAUGGCCCAAUAUCGACACACUCCUGGAUACCAACGCCGCCUCCUGCAGAACGUUAGCGAAUAUUCACCCUCCGAAUACACAAAACAAUAUUUGGGCAACUUCGACGGCCAGACGAACGUCUCCCCGGAUUCUCUGGCGUUUUCAGCGAGUCCCGUACAAGUCGGAGGUUCAAAUCGGAGCUCGCUGCCCAGUCAGUUCUUCCAAGGACACAUGGGCGGCGACAAUCCCCUGGCCGCGGCACCUGUUCAAGCCGUCCCUAUGACUCGCAGUGGAACGACUGAGUCUCUAUGCGGAACGAUGGGAAUGAUGCGUUUCGACUCCUCAGGUCCUAGUAUUGACUCAGAUUAUUCCUUUGCUGUUCCCUCAUCCAACUUUCCCGCUUCCAGCACGCCUCUUAAUGUUCCUUUCUCAAAUACUGUCUCUCCCACCCCGCAAAUCAUCCCUCAGACUCCAUUCAACAUGGUCGACCCGUCAAUAGCCAUGCCGUACUCCUGCUCUGCCCCUCCUGCCACCACGAUGUCCUUCAUUCCUCCCUCUCCCGUCACCGAUGUGAAACCCCCUGUGCCUGCUGAGAUGGAUGUUUUAUCAAGUACGCAGCCUUCUCGAGCUGCUCGAAGGACGCAGGAGAUUGUGCACAGCGCACGGCCUAUAGCCCCCAAGACCGAAACUCUCAAGGCCUCUCCGCCGAAGGUGGUAGAGCACAAGAUGAUCCGAAUCUCUUCAUCAGACGGGACUUCCAAGGAAGUCGCUGCCAUUCCCAAAGCCUCAAUUCAACGACCUCCUCGGCAAAAGACGUAUUGCACGAUGUGCAACGACCAACCAGACGGCUUCCACGGAGAACAUGAACUUCGCCGCCACAUCGAUCGCGUUCAUGCAGUGGUUCGAAAAGUCUGGGUAUGCGUCGAUAUCUCCCCCGACAAGAAAUUUCUUGCCAACUGCAAAGCUUGUCGGAAUGGGAAGAGGUACGGAGCCAAUUACAAUGCCGCUGCUCAUCUUCGCCGCACCCACUUCAACCCCUGCCAACGCGGUCGCGGUGGGCGCGGAAAAGACAGCGAAAAGCGCGGCGGGAAAGGUGGCGGUACUCAUCCGCCCAUGGACAUCCUGAAGCACUGGAUGGUCCAGAAAGAGGAGUACGUCUACGAGAACGUCGCUCAGGGCUACUCUCUUGAUGCUGACGGAGUCCCUGAUGACAUGGUCACCGCACCAAUCAAUUCAGUCGACGACUCUUCAUUUGAGUCUCACGACUCUGAGGACAUGUCUUCGCAGGGUGUGGAACCAACCGGUAUGACCAGCUAUGAUGCCUUCACCUCGUUCCCUACGACGAACCCGUAUCCAUCGUUCGAGAGCACCUGCUAUCUCGAGUCCCAGCCCAUGGUCCCUGAAGUAACAUCGUACGUCUGA